AUGGCGAAAGCAGGUUGGCUAAUGAAGCAUUGGCAGUUUAUGUUCUUUUUGAAGAUUAAAUCUCGAAAUUUUAGGCUUUUAAAAGUAGAAGAAUACUUUCUAAAAACUUAUGUGGUUACAGCGAAUAUUGGACGAAUAAUGAAGCGAGCAAUACCGAGUCAUGGGAAGAUUGCCAAAGAAGCAAAAGAAUGUGUGCAAGAAUGCGUUUCAGAAUUUAUCUCGUUUCUGACCUCCGAAGCUAGCGACAAAUGUCUUCAUGUAAUCGAGAAGCGCAAGACUAUUACUGUGGAAGAUAUGAUUAACGCGAUUCGUACUUUGGAUCUUGAUGAAUAUGCCGACGUUUUGACAAUAUACAUGAAAAGGUUUUAUUUGGCGUCUUUCAUAUUCUUCGACUACACGAAAUUUGACCAGAAAAUCGUUAAAUUUAAUGCACUGCAAAAGUAUUUAUUCUGA